AUGUCAGGCGAUCAGCGAUCCCACCUCGCCGAAUCUUCGACCGCUAAGCUCCCCGCUUUGGGGGAGCAUCCCCUGCACAACGAAACUCACGACGACCGCCCCGCAGCAGUAUCAGAACGCUACUGGCAGCUGUUCAACGACCCAGGCUUGCCAGCUGCCGACGGCGCGCCCGCCGACUCGUUGCCAGUAACACUCGAGGCUUUCCACGACCUCGCCCACCAGGUCCGGACCCUGACAAGCGCGGUCCAGACCAUCAUCCCGAUCAUCUCCCAGCGGACCCCGCCGCACGCGCCACAGCAAGAGGCCCCCACUCAGACUCACGCACAGCUUCCCGAGCGCCCCGUCUCACCCCAGAACCCCGCAGCGGAAGACACGGCGAGCCGACCUGAGCCUGAGGCUCCGACCGCCGACUCGACUAAUGCCCUACGGGCUCAGCUGCGCCUUAUCAGCCAGAGGCUCGACGAGGUCCAACAGGAAGUCCGCAAGUCAAAAGGAGAGCUCGGGGCGGACGGACGCCUGGGAUCCCCGUUUACCCCCGAGAUACAAGAUCAGGCGAUCCCGCCCCACUUCCGCCUCCCGUCUCUCGAUGCAUAUGACGGUGCCACCGACCCGGCAGACCACGUGGCCGCUUUCCACGCCCAGAUGGCGCUGUUCGGGACUUCCGACGCCCUGAUGUGCAGGGCAUUCCCAACGACACUGUGGGGACCAGCCCGCACAUGGUACAGUGGUCUGAAGCCCGGAACCGUCACCUCCUUCGACCAGCUCGCCAAGGAUUUCGAGCUCAACUUCCUGGCAAACGCCCGACCUAAGCCGUCCAUGGCGUUGCUUCUCGGACUCAACCAAAAAGAGGACGAGCUCCUCUCCCAUUUUGUGAGCCGAUUCGCAACCCAGAUCCGCGGAUUGUCGGAUGCUCACCCUUCUUUCUUGAUGCAGGCGUUCAUGACAGGCCUGCGACCGUCCAGGUUCUUCUGGUCGCUCGUGGAGCGACCCCCCGUCACAGUCCCCGAGAUGCUCCAGCGAGCCAGCCAGUUCGUCACCGCGGAGACCUGGAUGGCUGGAAGGCGGGAAGAACACAAAAAGGUCAAGUCAGAACCGCCCCGGCAGCAACAACCCGCCGUCUCCCGGCGAAAACUGGACCGACCCGACCCGAGGGCCCCCCUUCCCGCCUUGAAUGCAUCCCGGACCGAAAUAUUCCUACAUGAGAAGGGAAAGGGGCUGCUCAAGGACCCUCGCCCGAUGAGGAACCCCCGGGAACUCGCAGACCGCUCAAGAUAUUGCCGGUUCCAUUGA